UAAAACCCUCGGACCGAACUGCUGAAGUUAGAAACGUUUUCAAUUUUUCCUUCUCCUCACGGUAUCGUGUUCGUCGUCCUCUACGGCGGCGAUCGGCUCGGCGGCAGUUUCUUCGGAGGAAAGUUUAACCACUGCCAGUAUCCAAUCCCUGCAGGAAAGUGAAGUCAUAUUGAGGAAUUUUCCCAAUGGCAAAGAAUCAGACUAUUUUGAUCAAAGACACAGUCUAUAAAUUGCAGCUUGCACUCCUUGACGGAAUUCAUAAUGAGAACCAGCUAUUUGCAGCUGGGUCUCUGAUGUCUCGCAGUGACUAUGAAGACGUGGUGACUGAGCGGUCUAUUGCAAACCUCUGUGGAUAUCCAUUAUGCCAAUCUAAUUUGCCAUCUGAUAACACUAGGAAAGGCCGGUACAGAAUUUCCUUAAAAGAGCAUAAGGUGUAUGAUUUAGAAGAGACAUAUAAGUACUGCUCUUCCACUUGUCUCAUUAACAGUCGUGCCUUUUCUGGGAGAUUGCAAGAUGAGAGAUGUUCGGUUAUGAAUCCCGGGAAACUUAAAGAAAUUCUUAGAUUGUUUGAGAAUUUGAGUUUGGAUUCUAAGGAAAAUACGAGGAACAGUUGUGAUUUGGGGCUUGAAAUUCAGGAGAAGAUAGAAAGCAGUAUAGGAGAAGUUCCCAUUGAAGAGUGGAUGGGUCCAUCAAAUGCAAUUGAAGGCUAUGUUCCACACAGAAAUCAUAACAUCAUGACUUUGCCUAGCAAGGAUGGAAAAGAACUCAAGGAUGGUUCUAAAGCUAAAAUUAAGCAAUUGGGUGUUGAAAAGGAUUUCUUCAGUGACUUCUCUUUCGCAAGUACUGUAAUCACAGAUGAAGAGUAUAGUGUUUCGAAGAUAUCAUCUGGUUUGAAAGAGAUGACUUUUGAUACAAAGUCAAAAGCACAAACAGGAGAGUUCUGUGGUAAACAAUCAAAUGAACAGUUUACCAUUUUGGAAACCCCGCAUGGUCCAGCUCCCACAAAAAACAGUGUUGGACGGAAGGCAAGAGGAACAAAAGAAAGGACUAAUGUAUCAGCCACCGCAGAAAGUAAUAAUAAUUUGUCUGAUUCUCCCUCAACUUCAAAUCACUGCAAUACUAAUUGCAAUAUAACGACUGAAGAGCCCAAAGGUGGAUCUAAUGAGCUUAACGAAACUCAGAUCAAGUCCUCCCUUAAACAACCAGGCAAGAAAAACCUGCGCCGCUCUGUAACCUGGGCAGAUGCAAAAACAGAUGAGACCAGUAUUAUAAACCUUCCAGAGGACAGAGAAAUGGGGAAGACAAAGGAAUGUUCCAGAAUGACAAGCAAUUUGGUAAAUGCUGACAAUGGUAAUGAGGACAUGUUACGCGUUGAAUCUGCUGAAGCCUGUGCAAUGGCACUGAGCCAAGCAGCUGAAGCAAUUACUUCUGGGCAAAAUGAGGUCUCUGAUGCAGUGUCUGAAGCUGGAAUUAUUAUAUUGCCACGUCCAAGUGAUGCUAAUGAAGAAGUAUCUACAAAUGGCAAGAACAUAUCUGAACCAUAUUCAUCCUCAGAGAAGUCAAACAAACCUGGGAUAUUACAUUCUGAUCUGUUUGAUCCCGAAGACUCUUGGUAUGAUUCGCCUCCAGAGGGUUUCAGCCUAACUUUAUCUUCUUUUGCAACCAUGUGGAUGGCAAUCUUUGCAUGGAUGACAUCAUCUUCCCUGGCCUACAUUUAUGGAAAAGAUGAAAAGUUCCACGAGGAAUUUCAAUAUAUUGAUGGGAGGGAGUAUCCGAGGAAAAUUGUUUCUGCUGAUGGCCGAUCUUCUGAAAUCAAGCAAACACUUGCUGGAUGUCUGACACGGUCAAUACCUGGACUUGCCUCUGAACUUAAGCUAUCAACCCCAAUAUCAAGUUUGGAGCACGGGAUGGGGUGUUUGUUAGACACUAUGACUUUCCUUGAUGCACUUCCGGCAUUCAGAAUGAAGCAAUGGCAAGUAAUUGUUCUCCUGUUUAUAGAAGCUUUAUCUGUUUGCCGGAUUCCGUCACUUGACUCACAAGUGUCAAAUAGUAGAAGUCUGUUUCACAAGGUGCUUGAUCGUGCUCAGAUAAGGUCCAACGAAUAUGAGACUUUGAAAGAUCAUAUACUACCGCUUGGUCGAACAGCACAGUUUUCAGGCGAGAAUGAUGCUUAAGAGAUUAGAACGAGCAUCUCCAACACAAAUAUCCUCACACAUGAGGCUGAUUCAAAAAGAUAGUGUGAGCUCCAGAUCGUAUUAAUGGCAGUUCCAAGCGAAUCCAAUUUUCAGUAUGCAAUAGUUGGUACUAAUCGACAGAUUUCGUACUGUUUUUUCAGGUAGAUUCUUUUGGUAUUUCUUUCUGGGAGUAUUGGUUGUGCUUUAAGGACUGCAAAUUUCUGGGGUGAGUGAUUUUGGAUGAACUCAAUUCAAAAUAACACUUUUCUUUUUGUUUGACUCUUUAGUGUAUAAACUACUCCCCCCCAAAUUUAGAGGGUUA